CUCCAGCUACAAGCCCGGCAGCCGGACUCAAGAGGUCAAAGAAACGGUGGAACACCUGGACUUGAUCAGCGCCUUCAUUAAACCAUGGAACUCCAUGCAGGACCUUGGCAGAGACAUCUACGAUAUUUAUGCCGAGUAUGAAAACGAGGAGGUGGAAGAUCGAUUACCAGUGUCUCCCUCCCGCUUGCUGAAUUCUCCAACCAAACACUUCAUUCUCAACAUCAAUGUUGGAGGAACGGUGUAUCACCUGCCUUACAGGUUAGCCGCCAGGUAUCCGAAGACUCGGAUCGGUCGCUUGGCCACAUACACAGACCACAGCAGGAAGCUGGACCUCUGUGAUGACUACGUCGUCCAGCGCAACGAGUUCUUCUUUGACCGCGACCCAACAAUUUUCCACAACAUCUUUAAUUUCUACAGAACUGGAGUGUUGUGGAUUAAAGACGAGCUGUGUCCCCGAAACUUCCUGGAGGAGAUAAACUACUGGGGGGUCAGAAUCAAAAACAGCCAGCGCUGCUGCCGCAUCUCCUUUGAAGAGAGGCAGGACGAGCUGAACGAGCAGCUGAAAAUACAGACGCAGCUGAUUACAGAGAUGGGCGAUCUGGUAGAAACAGAGGAGAAUGAGGUGUUAUUUAACAGCAUGGCCUUUGGGCAGACCCGGAGGAAAAUCUGGAACCUAAUGGAGAUGCCAUUCUCCUCGAUCACAGCCAAGCUUGUGGCAGUCGCAUCCUCCAUGUUUGUGCUGGUGUCGCUGGUCGCCAUGACCCUCAACACCGUGGAGGAGAUGCAGUACAAGACACCAUCAGGUGAGCCCAGUGGCAGGUUCUACGGCGAGUACGUCGAGACGUUAUGCAUCACCUUUUUCACCCUGGAGUACCUGCUGCGCCUGAUCUCCACCCCUGACCUGAAAUGUUUUGGACGCAGCAUGCUGAACACAGUUGAUCUGAUCGCUAUCCUGCCACACUACUUGCAGAUGAUCUUGGAAUGCUUUGAAGACAAGGACAUCCACGUGCACUCUGGAGACAUUGAGACAGUAGCACGUGUCGGGAAGGUUGGGCAGGUUCUGAGGAUCAUGCGUCUGAUGAGAAUCUUCAGGAUCUUGAAGUUGGCUCGUCACUCAACGGGCCUCAGAGCCUUUGGCUUCACGCUAAGACAGUGCUACCAGCAGGUGGGAUGUUUGCUGCUCUUUAUCGGCAUGGGAAUCUUCAUGUUUUCAGCCAUGGUGUACACAGUGGAGCACGAUAGCUACAACACCAACUUCACCUCCAUGCCACACGCAUGGUGGUGGGCUGCUGCGAGUAUUUCCACAGUGGGCUAUGGCGACAUGUACCCAGAGACCAACCUUGGACGUAUCUUUGCCUUCGCCUGUAUCUCCUUUGGCAUCAUUCUCAAUGGCAUGCCCAUCUCCGUCCUUUACAACAAGUUCUCUGAUUAUUACACUAAGCUCAAGGCCCAUGAGUACACUGCUGUGACCAAGGCUCGUGGGAAGAUGGGCUUUGCCAGGAGGGCAGCAAAGAAGUUCUCAGAGUUCUGCGAUGACAGCAUUCACCAAAAGUGAUGACAGUAGCUUGUAGAAGUUUUAAGAGAAGAAUUACAAACAUGUGUUUGUGACAUGUGUGACAGGUUCCUGAUCACACAUACUGCAGACAGUACCUGAAAUUUCCAUAACAGCUAGACUCUAUCUGGAUGAACUGCCGGAUGGUGAGAUGCUGCUGGAAACUUCCACCACCAACAACACUUUUCUGAUAUCAGUUUGGGGGUGUACAGGUAAAUAGAAGCCAGGAAUUGUACUUGUCAUUCUACCUCUUUUUUUCAGGUUAUUCAGUUAUUUUUACAAAUUGUUCUCACAAUGUUCAAUAUUAUUGUUCAUAAUAGAACUAUUUGACUAUUCAGAUGCCAGCACUGGUGGAAGUGGAAACUAAUGUGGCAAGAGACAUUUCAGUGAAACAGCUUCCAGAAGCCAUUUAAAGUCAAACUUGAGGACUUUCUGGCCAAAGAAUUGGCAAACCUGUUUAUUUAUGCAUACUUUCAUCCAUCCUCCCAUUAUACAUGAUGUAAUCCCGCCCAUUAAAAAAAAACAAAAACACAGGUGGUUUAAAUUUGGUUACUAUACUCUUGCUCUGUUGUGCUCCCUGCAACUCCUAUUGGCUUCGCAGUGCAAACCUUUGGGGGUGUAUGACCUCAACAGAUAACCAUGGACCUGAUAAACUGACUUAGUUGGUGUUUAAUGCACCACCACUUCUUCUUGCUAGGUCAUGCUCUCCUG